GAUCUUCCUGGUGUUUUUCGUCCUUUCUUUGCAGCAACAGAUCACGGGGAAUUUGACCGCAUAUGUGACAAGCGCCUUUUCCAAGCACACCCUGUUGGCCACAACGACCGUAAUCUCCAGCAUCAUUAGCGCGGCCGUCAGACUUCCAGUGGCAAAGAUCAUGGAUAUCUGGGGUAGGGUUGAAGGGUACUUGCUGAUGGUUUCGUGCUGCACUCUGGGUUUAGUCAUGAUGGCCUCUUGCAACUCUGUAUUUUACUGGGUCGGACAUAACGGCAUGGCGUAUGUCCUCGAUAUUUUUCUGGCAGACACUUCGAGUUUGAAGAACCGAGGCUGGCUGUUCGCCUUCUCGACCAGCCCUUAUAUUGCAACCACGUUUGCCGGGCCGGCAGCUGCUCAUGCGUUUUAUCGCUUCAGCAGUUGGAGAUGGGCUUUCGGGACUUUCUCGAUCGUAUUACCCCUUGCUUCCGCCCCAGUAGCCGGCAUCUUUUUUCAGAGCCGGAGAAAGGCGAUGGAGCUAGGAUACCUGGCCAAGAAGAGGAGCGGUCGAACCCUAAUACAAUCAGUAAAGCAUUACUUCGCCGAGUUUGAUGCCAGUAACCAACCAAAAACUAAAAUAGUUAUCGGGAUGAUAUUGCUCAUCGCUGCCUUCGCAUUAAUUUUGCUUCCAUUUAGCAUCUCCACUUAUCAAAGUGCAAACUGGAAGUCACCAGCGGUGAUAUCAAUGUUAGUCAUCGGAGGAUGCUCUCUUGCCGCCUUUGUUCUCUGGGAGCGGUUUGGUGCUCGGGUGUGUCUCGCGCCAUUCCAUCUUCUUGUCGAUAGAACGGUCGUCGGAGCGUGUUUGGUUACCGGAACCGUGGUGCACCGUCAAACAAUCCAGAACGCAGGAUACAUAGGAAAUAUCUACAGCAUCGGGACCUGUGUUUGGUCCCUUGCGACUGGGGCGAUAAUCCGUGCCACCGGCAGAUUCAAGUAUCUUGCUCUGGCUGCGAUCCCAUUGCAGAUGAUUGGAGUCAGUUUGAUGAUCCGGUUUCGGAAACCGGGGACAGACAUAGGGUUUAUUAUCCUAUGUCAGGUUCUCAUUGCCCUCUCCGGUGGUACGAUGGUAAUCUGCGAACAGAUUGCGAUUAUGGCAGCAGUCAGCCACGGAGAAGUGGCCGUCGCUCUCGCUCUUCUUGGGCUUUUCAGCAGCGUUGGAAGCGCGAUAGGACAGACGAUCGCUGGUGCCAUCUGGACCCAUACGAUUCCGCAAUACUUGCAGAUGUACCUACCCGAAUCCGCAAAGUGGAAGGCAAUGGAGAUAUACGACUCUCUGGAGGAACAGCUGUCAUACCCGAUGGACUCCCCAGAGCGCCAGGCAAUAAUGUCUGCCUAUGAAGUAAGUCAGCGACGGAUGCUGAUUGUGGGACUAUGUGUGCUGCCCCUGGCAAUGGUGUGGAUUUUAAUGUGGAGGGAUAUACAGCUGAAGAAUGUGAAGCGGGCUAAAGGAACGGUGUUUUAG